GUUGGUGAUAUUGAAGAUUUGUUUAUUCAUUUAGAACGUAUUUUCUCUAUCGGGGGAAUUUGGCCGUUCAAACAAACAUACAUCCGUUUCGCAAUUUAUAUAUCAUAUUAUAUGCUAUAUCUUAUUAUGGCAUACAUCGAUCUUUAUGAUGUUUUCGGUAAUCUGGAGCUAAUGGUGAUGAAUCUCGUGGAAACGAUAGCAUACACUAUGACAUUUAUGGUAGUGUGGCUGAUUCGUUGUAGUAAUUUACUGAAGCACGUAAUCAAUGCGGUUAGAAAGAGUAUAAUGGAACAAAAAUUUGAAAAUUCUGAAGAAGAAAGGAUUUAUUACCAUUACAAUUACACAUCCAAGAUAUUCACAUAUGGUUCGAUUGCUGGCAUGCUUAUUACGAUCACAUUGUUGUAUUUUAGACCGCUUUUGCGUUUCUCAACCAGUAAUCAAGUGUUACAUAACGAUACACAAUUUUUUAUGUUACCCUAUAGGGUGCAUAUAUUUUUCGACACCACUAAUAAUUAUACAUAUAUAUUAAUGUAUUUGUAUCUAUUCCCAAUGUUUUAUGUUUCUAUCUGUCACAUGGCGGCGAUUUGUUUAUUAGUUAUUUUAGUAUUCCAUAUUUGUGGCGAAUUAUCUAUUUUAUCAUAUCGCAUUAAAAAUGUUAGAACAUAUUCACAAGACACAAUAGUGGAUAGAAUUCGUAGUUUUGUUCGAAUGCAUCUUAAAAUAAUAUGGAUGGCGAAAUCCGUGGAUAAUACUUUUAAUUUAAUUCUUUUGGAUGAACUUCUUGGCAAUAGUAUUGUAUUGGCUAUUUCAAUGUACUAUGUCACAAUAAACUUGCAGAUUUCAGAAAUGGCGACUUGUUUCACAUUCAUACUUUUUGCUAUUAUUGCGCUUGUUAUGCUUUUUGGAUACUGUUUAAUUGGUGAUCAACUAACUCAACAGGUAUCAUUAGAUAGAAAUAAUAAGCAAUGA